CGGCGGCGGCCGGGGCGAGCGGCACCACCGGCACCGGUACCCGCACCGGUAGCAGCACGAUGCCAGUGAGCCUCUCCACGGCGCUGCGUGUCGUCGGGACCAGCCUCUUCGCGCUGGCGGUGCUGGGGGGCAUCCUGGCCGCCUAUGUCACCGGGUACCAGUUCAUCCACACGGAGAAGCAUUACCUCUCCUUUGGGCUCUACGGGGCCAUCCUGGGGCUGCACCUCUUCAUCCAGAGCCUUUUUGCUUUCCUGGAGCACCGACGCAUGAGGGCUGAGGGACAGCCGGUGCGGUUGGGCCGCUCCGUGGCCCUCUGCAUCGCCGCCUACCAGGAGGAUCCCGAUUACCUGAAGAAGUGCCUGCACUCUGUCAAGCGCAUCGCCUUCCCUGACCUCAAAGUGGUGAUGGUGGUGGACGGCAACGGCCCGGAUGACACCUACAUGCUGGACAUCUUCCACGAUGUGAUGGGCUCCGAGCGCGUGGGCAGCUACGUCUGGAGGAGUAACUUCCACGCACGGGGCGAGGGCGAAACAGAGGCUGGGCUGCAGGAAGGACUGGCCCACGUGCAGGCUCUGGUGCGCGGCACCACGUACUCCUGCAUCCUGCAGAAGUGGGGCGGGAAGCGCGAGGUGAUGUACACGGCCUUCCGGGCGCUCGGAGACUCCGUGGACUACAUCCAGGUGUGUGACUCAGACACGGUGCUGGACCCCGCCUGCACCGCCGAGAUGCUCCGCAUCCUGGAGGCCGACCCCCGUGUCGGUGGCGUCGGUGGCGAUGUCCAGAUCCUGAACAAGUACGACUCGUGGAUCUCCUUCCUGAGCAGCGUGCGGUACUGGAUGGCCUUCAAUGUGGAGCGUGCCUGCCAGUCCUACUUCGGCUGCGUGCAGUGCAUCAGCGGCCCGCUGGGCAUGUACCGCAACGCGCUGCUGCAGCAGUUCCUGGAGGACUGGUACCACCAGACCUUCCUGGGCACCAAGUGCAGCUUUGGGGACGACCGGCAUCUCACCAACCGCGUGCUCAGCCUGGGCUACCAGACCAAGUACACAGCACGCUCCCGCUGCCUGACGGAGACGCCGACACGCUACCUGCGCUGGCUCAACCAACAGACCCGCUGGAGCAAGUCCUACUUCCGUGAGUGGCUCUACAACGCGCUGUGGUUCCACAAGCACCACCUCUGGAUGACCUACGAGUCGGUGGUGACCGGCUUCUUCCCCUUCUUCCUCAUCGCCACCGUCAUCCAGCUCUUCUACCGCGGGCGCAUCUGGAACAUCCUCCUCUUCCUGCUGACGGUGCAGCUGGUGGGCAUCAUCAAGGCCACCUACGCCUGCUUCCUGCGCGGCAGCGCUGAGAUGAUCUUCGUCUCCCUCUACGCCCUGCUCUACAUGUCCAGCCUGCUGCCCGCCAAGAUGUUUGCCAUCGCCACCAUCAACAAGUCGGGCUGGGGCACGUCGGGCCGCCGCACCAUCGUGGUCAACUUUGUGGGGCUGCUGCCGGUGUCGGUGUGGGCGGCCGUGCUGCUGGGCGGCCUGGCCUACACAGCCUACAGCCAGGACCUGCUCAGCGACACCGAGGUUGCCUUCCUCGUCUCGGGUGCCGUCCUCUACGCCUGCUACUGGGUGGCCCUGCUGACGCUCUACUUGGCCAUGGUGGCGCGGCGCUGCGGGAAGCGGCAGGAGCAGUGCGGGUUGGUCUUUGCCGAGGUGUGAGGACGCCGUGGGUCCCCUCGCGGUUGGCGCUGACCCACCGGUGGCCACCCGGCUGCUGCUCCCUGCGUGCGGCAGCGCUGAGCGCACCCCAAGGUCAGCAUUUGUGAUCAAGUCUUGCUUUUUUUUUUUUUUAAUUGCGGUUGUUUUCUUUUUUUUCCUUUUUAAUUAUUUUUAAUUUUUUUUGUUGUUGUUUUCUGUAAAACUCAGCCCCAAGGGUGCUAGCGGCCGCGCCGGGGCUGUCUGGAGCUGUGCUUGGCACAGCCUUGGUGCUGCAGGGUCCUUCCUUGUGCCACGCUGAGCAUUUCGCUGCCUUGGUGCGAGGGCACAGCGGGAGCUCCGCUGGUUGGGCUCCCCCUGCCCUGCUGGGCCCCAUCCUUUGGUGCUUUCCUGGGACCCCCGAUGUUCCCCCCGUGGCACUGUGGAGGAUGGACCCCACGUGUCCAGCCAGGUGCUGAGCUGUGAUGCUCAAUGCUGCUGGAGUUGCUGCGCCCCAGGAUUUUUUCCCCACCAUCCCUGUGCAGCCCCUGCAUGGGCGGGAGCCGGCUGCAGGCUCAGCCCCCUCUCUGCCAUGAUUUAGGGACAGAAAUCGGAUUUCAUCCCAACGUUGGCACCACGUCGCUCAGGUGCUGUGCCAAUGCCAGGCACCGCUGGCUGGUGCUGCCAGCUGGGCCCACCCACGGGGGCUCAGCAUCCCCUGCUCUGUCUCCAUGGAGCUCUGAAUGUCCCCAAGAGCCACCCACCCCCAUCCCCAUGGCUGUGUAUGUGCAGGCAUGUACCCACAGCUCCCUCCAACUCCAUUCUGGGGAUCUGGCUGCCCCAGGAGGGCAGCUCCUCUGUUGUGCUUUGCCAAAGAGCAUAUGGAGGGGGCACUGGCACCCCAUUUUUGUGCCCGCAGCCUGGGCAGAAGCAGAAAAACCCGGGCCGUGGGUCAGCUGGAGCAUGGGUUGCUGAUGGUCCGGCCAGCCCACGGCACCAUAAAGAAGCCAACCUCGUCCCGGCUUCCUGCCAGCUGCCUUCUCCACCGCCCCUCCUCUGCCCCCUAGCUCUGGAAGCGAGGAGGGAACCUGGCAUCCGUCUAGACAGC